CAAUAAGCAGCGUCAAGUUGCAAGUUUUGCUCCUUUCCUCUUCCUUUCGUCUCCAUCUGCAAGACCGAAGAAACCUCUCUCACCUUCAUACCCCUUUUUUGAUCUUUCCAUCUUCACGAUCCGCUCAAAUCAGCCGGCGAAGAAGAUGAACCAGCCGGACCCAAGACAGCCGCCGCAGACGCCCAAGAAAGAGCUCCAGCUCCAAGGCCCCCGACCUCCUCCUCUCAAAGUCAGCAAAGACUCCCACAAGAUCAAGAAGCCUCCCCCACACCCGCCGCCCAGAGCUCCGCCCCAUGCCCAACAACAACAGCAACUACCGCAGCAGCCUGUGAUUAUCUACGCCGUCUCUCCCAAGGUCAUCCACGCCACCGUCUCAGACUUCAUGUCCAUCGUCCAGCGCCUCACCGGCCCGUCUUCUUCAUCUAUAUCUCCGUCCGGCGCCGGAGACCUCUCUCCCGCUGCGAGGAUCGCCUCCAUCGAGAAAACCAGCCCGUCGGAUAGAGAGAGAGACAGGGCCGGCAACGCUGCCGCGGUUAUGGGUAUGGUGGAAGGAGAGGGAGUAGUAGAACUGGGUCAGGCUCAUCCGGGGAUAUUAUCUCCUGCGCCGGCUACUUUGGCUCCAAUUCCCGAUGGUUUUUUCUCUCCAGGAAAUGAACCGCACAGCUUUCCUCCGUUCCACGAUCUGAGUCCGUUUUGGCAUAAUGGGUUCACGGCGAGUCCUUCGGGGUUGUUUUCAGCUCCUUUGAUUUCUCCAUCUCCUUCUUCGAUGGACUUAUUCAACAAUUUUUUGGACUUUUAAGGCUUAAGCUCUGUGCCGCCGUGCUUUGGAAGGAAGAAAAACCACGAAAACGCCUGCAAAUUUCCACAUUCCAAAGUGGUAAACUAUUUUGCAUUGACUGACUUUUGGUGGAAUCAAAAUUUUCCAACAUAACUAUUUGUUUUUUUUUUCUCCUCAUUAAUAUAAUCAGAAAAAUGUUUAUACCACUAGGCUUGUAUUCUAAUUGGGUAUGAAUCCAAUUAUGUAAUUUUUGGGGACGGUCUGUUCUCUCUCCUUUUUUUGGGUAGUUUUGUUGUUCUUGGGUUAAUAAUUAAAUGAGAUUGUUGAGGCUGUAUUUAAUAAUUAAUAGGUCAUGCACUUGAAUUUCUUGUAAUCUGUAGCACUCAUUUUUCUGGUGCCGACCGAAAAGUUUGCACUUUUUUCACUCUUUUAUUUC